CAGUUUGCGCGUAGUUUUUGCUGCCCCCAGCCGCACCUCACCGCCAAAGGUAGGUCGUUGGUGAUGGCACGCCAAGAGUCCAACCAUACCUUCAGAAGGCAGAAGUCCGUCAGUGCGCGAACAUUUGAGAAUGUUAGACCAAGACCUCAUCUUAGUGGACUUCCAUCUAAGCGAGUAGCGGUAAUGUGAUCGAAAACAACGACUUUUACCGUUGCUUUACCGCCCCGCACUGUUUUUUAUCUCGUUAGUUGAAUUUGUGAAAAAAAAACAGUAUUGGUCAAUGUGUUUUGGUGGGUGAAAGACAAUGAAGAACAAUUGUGAUGUUGUAGUUUGGUUUGUAGUGGUGUUAUGCGUGUUGGAAAACUUGUCUAUGGUGAAAGCUGAGCACUGUUUAGAGGGGGACUUGAUGUGUAGAAUAUCCGAUCAUACCGAUAAUGACGAUCUGCAGGUCGUAGCCUUACACACAUCAGAGCCAUUGUCGCAGCCGAAGGCCCUCAACAUGAUGGCUGAAGAGCAUUACGAAGCCAACUUUCGACCGACACCACUACCUCUAUCUACAUCACCAACUUCAAACAACAGCUUCUGGAUGAAGAACUCGACAACACCCUUGUCUGCGGAGGAGCCGCGAGGCCGAGCCCUGAACUUCACUCUUCAUGCAGCCCAUGACGGAAAUAAUCUUCCAAAUAUGACCGCCAGUCAUGAUGAGUUCGAUCUCAGCGAUGUCACCAUUCUGGACGGCGAUGAAGAUGGCAUGGAAGAAAUGCUUAGCCCCAAGAUUCUGGCGCCAGUUCACAGAGUGGAGAACAAAGGCUUCAACGUAUCGGCCGGAAUUUGCGAGAAGGGAGGCCUCACAUACGACAACGGCGAAACACUGCAACUGGGCUGUGACUCGACUUGCACGUGCAAGAAUGGAAAACUGAACUGCGAAGACCGAUGCAAAGGACCGUUCAUUCGGAAAGGCAAACGCAUUGAGGAUCCGCUUUGCUCAGAAAAGGCAUCAGACGACCCAUGUUGCUCAGUGUUGGUGUGUGCCGGAGAUACAGAGACCGAGCCCUUGGAGAUGUGCUCGUUUGGCAACAAGACAUUCAACAGAGGCGACACGUUCAACAAGGAGUGUCUGGAGGUUUGCAUUUGCGAAAUCGCCGGCGAAAUAUCUUGUAAACCGAGGUGCGCUCCAGUCAAGAAGACUUCAGAAAGCUGUGUGGAAAUUCCAGACCCCAACGACUCUUGCUGCAAGAAAGUGUUGUGCGAUGUCACCUUGGAUGACCAUCAGGAACACGAGAAAGAAGAACUGAUGAAGCCGACGAAGCAUAAAAUACUGUCCGCAACCCAAGUGAAUGCAAGUGUUAUUUUCUUGGAAAUUGAGCCCGAAUUCGACGAGGAUGCCCAUAAUUUGCCAGUGGUGGAGGUGAGCAGCGACAAGGAGCAUUGGAACUACUACCAACUGCUGCCCAAAGGUGAGCUCUUUGUUAAGCAACCAGGCAAGUUCGUCCGCUUGGAAAACUCCGAAGAAAUCGUCACGGUGAAAGAAAUGGUGGAAGAAGCGAAAGAGGUUGAACCGGAAAAAAUGAGCGAUGGUUGUGCCUUCAAAGGCAAAACAUUCACCAACGGAGAGGAGUACCAUGAUGGGUGUGAGUCGUUGUGCAGAUGCCACAGCGGAGAGAUGAAAUGCCUAAAACUGGAGUGUCCCACCUACUUUGGGGUCGAUGUGAUCGAUCCAGGCUGCAUCGAUUGGGAAACGAUUCCAAUGCACUUUCAACCAUCGCCUCCGAAAUGUUGCCCGGAUCAGGUGCGAUGUAAAAACAACGGGUCUUGCAUGCACCAGAACAAACUGUACAAGAACUGGGAACAGCUGCCGAUCAACGUAACUGGAUGCGAAAAAAGGUGCUACUGUGAAAUGGGCAAAAUUGAAUGCCAAAACACUUGCGCUCCAGUACCAGCGCUUCCACCGCCCGAGUUGACCUGUUCUGCGAAAGACGCCUCACUGCAACACGCGCCUGAUGAUGACUGUUGCAAGUACUGGGUGUGCACGGAAAAUGCCAGUGCAGUGGCAGUCGAACUCAACUCGCACAGACCAGACAUACGAGGACAAACCGAAAACGAGACCCACUUGCGGCAGGAAAAACCACCUUCUAAAGUGAUGGGGCCCCUUGCGGUCUACGAAAAUGAGGCGCCCAUCAAUAACCAAAUCGAUUUCAUAAAGCGCCCGUCUGCACAAAAUCCCCAGCUGAUUUCCACGCAAAACGGCACAAAGCAAAUCCUUUUGAACAAUCCUGGGCACCGAAUAGCCAUUCACGGUGGCACUGCUCAGGAUCAUCUGCUCAAAUUGCUCCAACAACAUCCGGAAAUUUCGGAUCUGCCUUCGGGAUCGGUGCUGGAAAUUCACGAGUUGUCUCCAAACCAUCCAGAGUUCACCCAUCGAAAUAAUAUCGACCAAAAUCGUCCUGUAGGGCCGCCCUUCAACAGGCAUCCUGCACACCCUGCACAGGACAUUUCCUUAGAGCAAAUCCUGCAGGAUUUGCGCAAGAACAUUCAUUCUCAUGCUCAUGAACCUUUAGAUCCCCAUUCACAGUCCCCACCCUUUCACGGCCCCGAUCUGGAUACGAUUCGCAGCAAGACCGCAAAUAUCACAUCCAUUUUGAAAUUGCCAGAUGUGUUUCCCAACCAGUAUCCGGACGAUUUCGGUUUCAAUCCCCCUCGGGACGAUAUUUCCGUCCAUGCUUUGGAGGCGAUCGACCCGCAUACCGUUCGGCUGGCUUUUAUGGUACCGCCAGUGAUUGUGGGCCUGCACGGAAGAGUGGAGGUUCGAUACACCUUCAAACCUUCAUCGAUGGCAUUCAACUGCGGUAUCGAGAAAUUGAAGGGAAAAUAUAUACCGCCACUCCGCUCAUUCAUCGAGCUGUCACCACUUAUACGAUUGAAAAUCUCAAAUCCAACCACCAGUAUGAAAUUGGAGUUUUCUUCAUACCAUUUCCAGGUCAGCAUACGGAAUUAAGCGCUGAUCACAUGCUGCGAUUCACCACUGCCAAUUUGGUGGACAACUAUGGAUUCUCGAUCAUUCUAGAUGUGGCCCAAAUCAAAUCCACCAGCGUCGAAAUUGCUUGGACGGGGGUGCCCUACCCGGAAGACAAAUACGUAAAUAUUUACAGAGCGAUAUACCAAAGCGACUCGGGUAAAGAGGAUCACAGUACAUUUAAAAUCGCCAAACGAGACUCGCCCACCAAAACGAUCGUCAGCGAAUUGAAGCCGGGUACCAGAUACCGAAUUUGGCUGGAAGCUUACUUGACUAAUGGCAAAAUCAAAACUAGCAACGUGCAGGACUUCAUUACCAAACCCCGUGCUGCUCCUGCUUUGGGUUCGUCUUCACAGGAUAAAGUACUGCGAGCGGAAUUGGCCGACGGCGUGCACGAUGAUUAUUAUGGACCUUUGGUGAUAGUCGCCAUCCUGGCCUCCAUAGCCAUUCUGAGCACUCUGAUCCUGUUGCUGAUUCUGGUUAAGCGACACAAUCAGAAUAAGGCGGCGAUAACGCCGCCUUCCACGCGAGUCAGUCAAUCAGCUUAUGAUAAUCCCACGUAUAAAGUGGAGAUCCAACAGGAAACGAUGGGAUUAUGAAAUGAAAUCGGGAAACUUCAGGCGACUUGUACAUAGUAUAAAUAAGGCUGAGGCCCGAUAUCUAUAGUCAAGCUUAUAAUGUGAAGUUCAGAUAUAUUCAGUCCAGUAUAGGAUUUGAAUCUCUACUAUUUCAUAGUCGUCAGACACUAAAGGUUUUUUUGAAAUUAUCAAGCACGCUCCAAGAAUAAAGACGACUAUGCAUAGCGGGUCUUAGCAUCUAACUCGUUAACUGUAUGUUAAAUGUUUAAUAUACAGGGUGUGAGAAAACACGUGCGUAAUGGUAAAUCGCGCCAGUUGCGGACAUACAAAUCAUUAGUAAACUGUAAUUAUUUUUCCAUGCAGCGGUACCACACUUGUAAAUUUCACGUUCUUUGACACAAAUUGUAGAUUUUUUAAAUAAAGUGACGAAAAGUUACACGCUUCUUAGAUCCGGAUCGCAAAGCAAUGUUUGUCAAAAGUUCGAUGUUUCCAACGGAUUUCCGUUUUAAAAAAGGUAAAUUGAAAACAAAUUAAUCGUAUUUUUGCAAUUUAUUAAAAUAUAACGAAGAAAAUAAAGCGGAUUUUUCUCAAAACUUCUAUACUUAUACGGUUACUAUAAAAGGUGAUUCACGGUCGAUGGCGUAUUAGACGUUUAAGGGGAACGCGAUGCACGAUCUAUCUGCAAAUUUGUACGACGAAGUCACCGGAUAAGCUCUAUCGGCCUAAAAUAUUUUCAGCAAUGCGAGGUUGCCACUUAUACCAAAAAGUACAUGCAACUUUUAUACUUUAAAUUAUACACCCUGUAUAUUAUUGCACGCUUAGAUUGACUUUAUAGACUUAGACCGUUAAUCUCUAGCCAGUAUUUUCAAGACAGGCUGUAUAAUUUGGAACAAAUUGCUGUACGCCGAGCUCAAGCAUAGGGUUUUCCUAACCCAGUACCAAAAUUUUAAAUUUCCAGGGAUCGAAAUCGCCUUGUAAUACAAGAUUCAUUGGGGCUACGUUUUGAUGACGAAUAACGAAUUUUAUUUAAUAUUUCGGAAACCGCUUUAGAUAGAUAUAGGAAUCAUAAUGCAAAAAUAAUCAGAUCUAUAUAGCCACUAUAUCGGUGCAAUAAUAUACAGGGUGUCUCGUUUACAUGUCAAAUUUGUAUGUACUUUUCCGGUAUAAGCGGCAACGUCGCAUUGCUGAAAAUUUUUUAGGAUGGUAGAGCAUAUCCGUUGUACAAAUUUGCAGAUAGAUCGGGCAUCGCGUUCUCCUUAAACGUCUAAUACGCCAUCGCCCGUGAACCACCCUGUAUAUACGGUUACUAUACUUACACGGUCUAUACUUAUGCUAUGUUAUACGGUUUUGACGCAAAUUUUGGUCGUAACGUUUACGUUUUGGAACGGAUUAAAAUUUUUCAAAAGGCGCAUUGUACAAAAAUUGCUCUAAACAUUGUUUCCAAAAUUAUUAAGGACGUUUGUC